AUGUGCUUCUACAACCAAAAGAGAUUUGCAUGCGGAGACUGGAGCUGGACCAGCUUUGCUCACCGUUGCAACUAUGAGUACCGAACGGGCGAAACAUGUGGCAUGAGGCUCGUCAAUAUGACUGAAUAUGAGACGGCAAAAUGUCGGCUCUGCGACAAGAUCGAAACCAAAUACCGGCGGCGAAACGCCGAGUUGGAACGUCUGACCAGGUGGAAACGCGAAGGAGGAACACUCGUGGCCUCCAUUGACCGAUCGCAAAAGCUCAUAAUGGAACUGGAGAAAGAAAUUUGCCAGUUGCAAAGAGAACGAGAAGACCGAAGAAAAGCACUCUCGUGA